CUUGAAAUGCCUCCCAGGGUUCUUGACAAACAUACGGCUGUGUCGGACUCUGCCUCAUCGGGGAGGAUAUCCAGGCUGCUUGCACACAGAUCAGUUGCUUUUGCCCUUUGGAUGCCUUACAGUGUCCCACUGAGUCUGCUCGAUUCGACAAUCCGAUCGACGUCACGGUUUGUUAAUGUUCUGUCUCGAAAUGCACCCAAGUACUCCUUUGAUACGGGCUCAACAUGUGCGGAGAUCCUUCUUUAUUUCGAUAUAGCUGUGGAGAUUCCAGAACCGCUCCGGAGUCCGCGGACCAUCGCCGAUACUGCUUUUCUCUGGGUGCCCCUCUUCUCCGCGUACUAGUCAUUUCAUGGAUACUGCACACACUGGUACAUGCAACCGACUAACAUACCCAUUUUUUGGAAGAUAUCAUGCAAAAUCUCAGUUUCCUCAUGACACUGCAGUUACGGCUACUUAUGGAACAACUCCAGUGCAUCUUGGUCGAAACUCCGCGGACCCGUCACCGCACUCAUAAUGAUCGAGCACCGGAGUCCUUGCUUCCUGCACUUCACAUUCACUCGCAAAGCCUCUUCUCCCGCCAUUCUUUCAGUGCUGCCUUUUAUACGCCAUUUUGCGCGUACAUUUCCCUUGCAUUCGCGUGUCUCGUCGAACGAAACGCGCGUAGAUUUCAUUCAAUAUGCCGUCCUCCUCCCAGGUCCCCAUUCACAAAAGCCCUGUUCCCGCUCCUAUGCUAUCCUCCGACUCGAACGCGACUUUGAAAGGGUAUUCGCAGUCCUCCCUUGGCCACCGCCCGCGCGGUCGCUCGACAUCGAGCCUCCUCUCGCCACUGUCCCCGCUAUCCUCUUCACAAGGCCAAGGCACCACUCGACUGCCCGGGAGGCUGUCCCACUCAAGGACAGCGUCCACGCCGGUGACUCCUCCACCAAGCUACAUCGACGAGUGCUCGUUUCCAUUCCACGAUGCGCCAACCUCCUCCUUCCUCGCUCGCGCGCGGUCGCAUUGCCAAACUCGGGCGUCCUUUGCUUCAGCGGGAAUGGCGAGUCCCAAAGCGAAUCUCGAAGAGUCUGUCUCGCGUCCGGCCGGACACCCCACUUCACCCACUCCGACAUCUUGGUGGGGUCGCAACUUUCGCGAGGAGAUACUCCCGCGGCCCUGGCGCGACUCGCCCAAGCGGCAAGGGACGGUCCCUGCCGAACAAACUGAUAGUUGGGCUCGGACUCAAAAGCGUGUUUCACUGGCAGUGACCAACGUACUCGGUACAUCUGUGCUCCUCAGCCACGAAAUCUUGCUCCGUGCAUCAGAACUCAUGGAGGUCAUUCCUAUUCCAGUGCCCGGGCUUCAGAUGGCAGCCAAAUGCCUUCUUUCAAUCUGGGAUGAUGUGCAAGGUGUUGAUCUGAACAGGAUGGCGUGCCUUCGCCUCGCGGAACGCUGUGCCGAUAUCCUCAUGUCUGUGAGGGAAGAGAUCAGGGACGCAGGAGAUGAGGUUGGGCAUGAGCUCACUGCGCCAAUUGAGAAGCUGAACAGUACCUUUGAGCGCGUCCACCUGUUCAUGAGCAAGCAAGCUCAGCGCCCAUUUCUCAAGCGAUAUCUAAGGCGGGCGGAAAUCCUGCGCGAGAUUGUAGGAUGCGACAAGGCACUUGGAGAGGCGCUAAGUCUGUUCGGGCUUUCAAUCCAAAUCCGAAUACUCAAGCAGGUGCAAGCUGUCGAGUUCAACCGACACAACGACACUCUUGCAAUCCUCGAUUCCGUCGUUAACUCGCAGCAGAUUGCAUGUGCAGCUGGCUCUACAUCCGUCACCAUCCAGGGAUUGGGUAUAUCAAUCCCUAGCGGGACCAACGGCCUGCCGCCCAGUUCGUCCCACAAGUCGCUUUCGGCUGCGGGUGGACAAGAACCGGUCAUUCUACCGACACUGCACAAUCUCCACGACAGGCAGAACACACUGGAUCGGGUUCAUGACAUGACUGAUCUGAGGGAUCUUAUGCGAAAUGCUGUCAGUCAAAGCAGCGAUGCGGAGAUGCUACGGGUGUUACAAGUCCGGCGAGAUGAUAUGCCAGAAGCUUUGAAAACACUCCAACGCGCAUUGGAGCGUAUCGGGAUCGUCAACAGUUUGACGAGCUCGUGCAUUCCGUCGCCUUUGAUAGCAGAGUCCUGCUCGGAGCAGGCCCAAGUUUCAGUCGGCCCUGAGCCGGUGGAGCGAACCAUCUCUGCUUCCAGCUCUGGCAGUAGCGUCUGCGGUGGACUGACUGCGGAUAAUCAUGACAUGCUAGACCGUGAGUUCUUGGAGAGUGGGAUAGAUGCAUUGCGGCGGUUGAGCAAGCCGGGCGAACUGGGUUUACCGAGUUGGACAAUCACUAGAUAUGAGGUUGAUCUGGACGAAAGAAUAGGGAUGGGUUUCUUUUCUGAUGUCCAUCGCGGUCUCUGGCGGGGUCGAGUCGUGGCGAUCAAAGUUCUGGCAGAAUGCACUCCUCAGAAGCUGUUUCUCAAGGAGAUCGGGAUAUGGAAAGAACUCAAGCACCCGCACGUUCUUGAGCUCUACGGGGCUAGUGCUGCUACUGGGGACGGACCUUGGUUCUUUGUCUGCCCAUACGAGAAGAACGGGUGUUUGAAUGCUUACCUCCGACAAACUUAUGGCAGCCUGGAGGACUCUCGUGAACGAUUCUCUAGUGUACCAAGCGGCCAUCUGAGUGGCCUUGGCUCCGCCAGCACGCGUCCUCGCCAUAUCAGUGCUCCUGCUGGCUAUCCUGUCAAGGAGGAGCCCGAUCUUCUCAGGUUCAUCCAUGAAAUCGCUAAGGGAAUGGAUUAUCUGCAUGGUCAGGGUGUCUUGCAUGGCGAUCUCAAGGUUCUUGUUGGCUGUGCAAACAUUCUCGUCAACGACAACUUGCACUGUUUGGUCUCAGACUUUGGUCAAAGUGAACUCAAGUCGGAGGUGUUUCGAAUCAGUGGGACAGGGACACCUCAUGGGACCUUGAGGUGGCAAGCGCCAGAGCUGAUGCUGGGCCAUUGUCAGCUCACACCUGCGAUGGACAUCUACGCUUUCGCAAUGUGUUGUGUCGAGAUCUUGACGCUGGGCAAGAUGCCUUGGCCUCUGUCGGAUGACGAAGAUGUCCGAUAUUUUGUGAUCAAAGAGAAUACUCGUCCCCAAGUUCCCCUGUCUCGAAACACCACGGCCGAAUUCAUGAAGCUUUUGGGUGCCUGCUGGGAUUGGGACGCGGCUGUUCGGCCACUGUUUGCGCAGAUAGUCGAUGAGCUCAGAGUGAUCCGAAGAAAUCUGGGCGGCGCCAUGUCUGCUGGCGAGGACAUCCCCGGCAUGAAAACCCCACGCUUGCCGGACUGGAGUAUCGAUGAGGAGGAUCGACUCAGUCGACAAUCUCCGGACAUGCACCCGAUCUCAACUCUCGGUGAUCCGUCCCGCGCUUUCUCUAUUGCGGGCGCGCUGCCAUUUCUGACGCGUUCCUCGACGCCUUCUACGGGGACGAACUCCGUCAACACGUCGUUCCACACCGCACAGCUCGAAGAAUCCUUCGCUGAUGUGUCGUUGGAAGAGACCGUCCCUUCGCAGACGAGCAGCCACUCGGAGGAGAUUCUAUUCACCCCGUCUCACGGAGACUCGGUGGCUACGGAGGUGUCAUCGUCCACGGAUGACACGAGCAACACACUAUCGAGUGUUCCAGACGACGAAGAAAAGGCGUUUGUGCCAACGGACCCCCGCACGAUGGAGCUCUGGAACGAGCGUCGUUACAGACUGCUACUGAACCACGAUUUCCAUCCUUCGUUGACGCUUCCGCUGUGGAGCCCUGCUCCCAUCAGUCUUGGAGCUGUCGGAUAUCUGUCGAAACCGAGUGGAGAGUUUGUGACGCUGCUCAAUUGCUUCAGCCCCGAAGUCUCGGACGAAGGACUGCUCGACAACUUGCCCUCAGUUCAUGGGUACGGUCACGUGUCUUGCGGCGGGCAGCGGCAAGACAAGCGCAACGCAGCACAGCGCGGGUUGGAUGCCAUCGCCGGCCUUUUGACGUUCAAAACAAAGCAUGAGGGCCCCGUUUCACAAAAUGUGAGCAGGCGAUACUCGUAUCCACUGCGCGCGGGACACAAAGCUGCCUACAUGUGCACUGAGACAACGAUGUACCGCUACGUGGACAGCCUGGAUGCGCCGAAGAAGUGGUUCAAAGCUCACGUCGAUUCGAUCAUCCGGACGUACGGGCCCAUCCACCAGAUCCAGAAAGAGGACCUGUUCCUGGUCAUCGGAACGCUCGGUUCGCCUGAAUAUGGACUAUUUGUCAGCCACAAGCACCCUGACGGCCAGGCUCACUUCAAUAUCUUCUCGUCGUUGAAAUGUGGCCAUGCCUGGGGGACAUUUACGACGGACAACGGGCUGGAGAUCGCAGGCCCUUCUUACCACGAGCCGGUUGUCGGCCACCCGCUCUCUGCAAGCAAAGUCUCGUUUCACGACACGAGCAACAGUACGUGGGACACCCUCCUGGUAGCACGCCUGCGAUUCAAGCCUGAUGUCGCAGAGCCGACAUCCCUGUAGAGUUUUUCACAUAUGUAUCUCCACCACUACUAGUAAGUAUCCAACAUUUGUACUAUCCACAGCAAUCUACUGUAGCUUUCACGCAAAUCUCCUGAUCCACCCCUGGUCGUCGUCUUGGUGGUAUUCUGUCUUGACUGUCCAGAGCGUGCUCACUGUGUCCGUGAUGGUGCUCUCCCAGUUGUCGUCCUUCCCGCAUUCACGUGCCAGCACAUCGUACUGAUACAGCACCCGGAAGCACGUCUUCAAAUGCUCGUGCAGUCGCUGUGCAUCGACGAACGGGUCGAUCAAGUUCUCCGGCACAUACGCGUCCAGCGAGCCGAACCAGAACAUCCGAUGCAGAUAUGUUUGCGCGUCAAAGUCACCCGAGAAGCCGGCGAAGCAGACCAUGCGCUCGUAGCUCUUCAGGCGCUUGUACUUCGCGUCCGCGAGCAUCAGCUCGGGGCGCGCCAGCACGACGUUGAGGAAGAUGUACGAGCGGAGCGCCCAGUCGCGCGUGUGGUUCCACCCGAAGCUGUGUCCCCACGACAGGCUGUGGAGGUCUCCGAGCGGGAUGCGCGGGUGAUUGGCGAGCAUGAGGCACCUGCCCAGCUCGUUCUCUGCGAGGAGGACCUUGACGACGUCGGCGAAGCUGCCGUUGCUCGUGCCGUACGAUCCCUGCGGCUCGGCGCACGCUAUCCAGUACUCGAGGGACUGUGUUUGGGGCGUGAGUGAGGAGUACGGCACGAGAUCGGGCUGGUAUCGCUCCAGUAUCUCAUUACUGAAGACAGGAUCGGGGAGGGGCGCUGCUGCUGCUGCUGCUUGCAACUCUCCUCGAGUAGGGAACUUGGUGCGCUCGGUGGCGGAGAAUUCGCGGAUGGCGCCAGCGAGUGUGCGGGCAAAGUGAUCGAGAGACUUGGCCUGAGAGGAUUCGUCGCGAAAGAACAGGUCUGUGCGAUGAGGCGAUUUUAUGGCUCAAGUGCAUACGUAGUAAUGAGUAUCAAGGAGGGUCACUCCGAAUUUUAUUUACCAUUGUGCAUGAAUAUUCCGUACAGUAGUAGAAGUA